AUGAGUGCUUCUCAUCGAUUUAUGACCUCUGAGGGCCUGAUGCCAUCAACAAUAUUUGACAAAGGAAACGCUGAUAUGGACGUCUCAGAAGAGAUGGAGGAGGUCAGGGAGUUACUGUACGAAAUGAUAAAGAAGAACUUCCCGAUGGGUGUAUCGUCAUCUCACUUGGCUCAGAAAUACCAUGAAGAGUACGUCGCAAAGGGACUAGGACGUGAGUUACCUGAGGAUUGGCUGGUUCAGGUAACGGAAGCCGAAGAGUUUGAAGCACAAACAAGAGGACCGCUCACUAUUCUUUUCGUCCGCCUUUCCAACACCACCUCUUUCAGAAGGUCUCCAACCCCACAGUCUAAUGUAAAAGUCCUCACCUCUGGAAGUGGUCCAAAUAACGUAGAUCUUUUGAAGCUUAGAAAGGAUCGUUACCCUUUACAACAUGCGGAAAAGCUGUCAUGUGUUUCAUCUUCACUCAAGGUGAAGUGUGAUGUAGUCGUAGUUGCUUUCGAAUCAUCUAGAGAGUUGUAUUUGAGAGCAGUAGCUGAUGAUUCGUUGUUUGAAUCCAUGAAGGCUGAUAUGCGCAAGUUCUACGCUGACAAUUCAAGUGAUAAACGUGUACAUAUCUAUGAGGUAUUGUCUGGUGGUGCUUACGCACUAUGCGAUGCUGCUGGCGAAUGGUUUCGUGUAAUCGCCAUGGAAUUACCACGAUCUGGUACAAUCAAGUGUUUCUUUUGUGAUGUUGGAGUGUUUGGUGUUUAUCCAGUUGUAGACCUUCGUCUUCUUCCGGAUCCUGGGCAUCCAAUAAUGAGCAAUAGAGCUCUUGCGAAACGUGCUAGCCUAGCCGUACCUGAUUAUGCCAUUGGUCAGUCAUCUGAUGAUAUUCUUCGUGCUGUUCUUUUUGAAAAAGAUGUUGUGGGAAACUUCAUUCCUGUUCAGAUGCAGUUAAAUUCGUUAACGGAGACGAUAUUAAAUGGUGAGUCGGUUUGCAUAGCCGAUUUAUGGAUGGCUGAUGGAAAGUCAAUUGUGGACAUGGUUAUUUCAAAUAUUCCGGAUGCAAAUGAGUCUAUAAGCCUACUGAAUGGCGACGAAACAUCAACGAGACAGUCACCGUCUUCUUCCGCAAGUCUUCCACCAACAGUCUGCGUUUUUGACGGUGAAAUCGAAAUUGCACCAAUGGAAAUUAGUCAGAUACCAACUGAAACGUUCUCUGCAAACGCGCUGUUUGCUGCUGGUCCUGGUGAUAUUAGUCUCCGUCAAGUUUCUCUGGAUCCAAUGCCGGAUUACAUGUACGAAAAAUUGGCAGAAGAGUGUCAAAUGUCAGAUGCUAACUUAACGGGGGAUCCUCGACCAGGUGCAUUCUAUGCAGCAUGUAUAAAUGAGCGAUGGGAACGAGUGCAGUGUAUUCGGGCAAGCAAAAUCGACACUGCAGCAUUCUGUGUUUAUCUGAUCGACAUUGGUGCCUUUCACUACGUAAGAGCGGACGCACUGAGGAGACUAAACGUGAAGACACCGUUCAAGAAAAUGCUAAUGUUCAAAUGCAGAGUGGCUAAUGUCAUACCAGUGGGUGGACAGGACGUAUGGAGUCGUGAGUCACAUGAAGCUGUUCGAGAGUUUUUUGAAGCCGGGAUGGGAGAAACUGUUAUGGUAACCCCAAUUACCAACAGUUGCGGUCUUUGGAAACAACUGAACGCACCUGCUGUUCCAUUUUUGACAGCAAACAUUUCAUGCUAUGGGCGCGACUUGGCUGAAUGGCUCAUCUCGCAUCAAUUAGCGCUUCCAAAUCUACCUGUUCGCGGUGAUAGAUUGAAUGCACCAGAUAUUUGGAAUCCGUUACAAAAACUCGACGAAAAAGAGCAUGGUUUCUCUUCUGAAAAGUGCUAUCACUACUUAGUGAAAUCAUUUCAACCACCUGAGUUUGGUGAAGCUGGUACUGGCGUUGUAAUACCAGCAGAUUUAUCAGCUGAGAAGGAUAAAAGGUUCUUGGAAAAUCAGUUUAACGUUAUGGCUAGCGAAAUGAUUUCUGUGAAUAGGUCUUUACCUGAUUAUCGUUCAUCACAGUGCCAAAGUAGGACCUAUGCAGCGGAUCUCCCAAAAACAUCAAUUAUAAUUGUUUUCCAUAAUGAAGCAUGGACAACGCUGCUUCGUACUUUACACUCUGUGAUUAACAGGUCUCCUCACCAUUUGUUGGAGGAGAUUAUUCUAAUCGAUGACUUAUCUGAUCGAGACUAUCUCAAGGAGCCACUAGACGAAUACAUCAAACGGUUUCCCAUUAAAAUACGAAUCACUCAUUUGAAACAACGAAGUGGACUGAUACGUGCGCGUUUACAUGGUUCGGAAAUGGCUAAGGGUCGUAUCAUCUUGUUUCUUGAUGCACACGUGGAGGUUACCCAUGGAUGGCUCGAACCGCUUCUAGAACGGGUUGCAGAUGAUAGGAAACGUGUUGUCGCCCCCAUUAUCGAUGUGAUUUCCGAUGAUACAUUUGAGUAUGUGACUGCUUCUGAUACAACGUGGGGAGGUUUUAAUUGGCAUUUGAAUUUCCGAUGGUAUCCUGUACCGAAAAGGGAGAUGAUCAGAAGGAAUGGUGAUCAUUCUUCACCUAUUCAGACCCCAACCAUUGCUGGAGGUUUAUUCGCAAUCGAUAGACAAUUCUUUUAUGAUAUUGGUUCUUACGACGAGGGAAUGCAAGUAUGGGGCGGUGAAAAUCUCGAGAUAUCCUUCAGAGUAUGGAUGUGCGGUGGUUCGUUAGAAAUUCAUCCAUGUUCUCGUGUUGGACAUGUGUUCCGUAAACAAACCCCGUAUACGUUCCCAGCUGCACGACAUGUUGACGCUGGUGACCUCUCCAGCAGGCAACAGCUUCGUGCCAAUUUGCAAUGCAAAUCCUUCGAGUGGUACUUGAGAAAUAUAUAUCCUGAAGCUCCUGUUCCAUACGAUUUCAAAUCCAUUGGUGCUAUUUUUAACAAGGAUUUAAGACUAUGUUUUGAUACAAUGGCUAAGAAGGAUGGCCCGGUUGGGUUGCAGCCUUGCCAUGGUUCGGGUGGUAAUCAGGCGUGGUCGUUAACAGGACGUGGAGAAGUUCGCUCAGAUGAUUUGUGUCUUUCUGCAGGCUCAUCGUUGUCCAUGGAUAACAUAGUCCGAAUAGAACGGUGUAAUGUGGCCUCAACGAAUCCGAAACAUCUUUUCAAAUAUAAUCCUGAGUGUUUUCCACUUCAGAAUGGACUACUGGUUCAUGUUAAGACGGGCCGUUGUUUAUCGAUACUCUCUCAAAAGGAGGUAGGAUUGUUGAAGUGCGACUAUUCGCCCGAACAGAUAUGGUCUGUGGAGGGCUACAUGAUGUAA